GUGUGUCCACAGAUAUCGAAGGACAACCUAACUGCACCAGCUGCAGAUUGGUGAUAAAAUCCAAGAGGUCAACGUCCGAAAGGAAGUUCACCGGCACCUUUACCCCCACCCUCGUCGACCGAGGGAACAAAAAAAAUGAAAAAGACGUAUUGCCAGCCACUGGAAAACUUCAAGAGAUGGCAUUCUCCAUUGCAGUCGUCAUCACCCUGGCUGUCACCAUGUCGGCCUCCGUUGUUGAGGGGUAUCCUGAGGGCGCUCCUGCCAGCGCCUGUGCGGAGAUGUUCCCGAACCACCUGAUGAGCCAUGACAACGCCAGUCUGCCUGACGAGCGGUACAGCUCACAGAACAUCUCCUCCGCGCCUUACGUCAUCACUGCAGCCACGCAGAGCAACGGAAAGGUCAAAGUGUCCCUGAGAGUUACCGAUGGGUACUGGGAGGGGUUCUUCCUCCAGGCCCGUCUGCAGGGCACCGCCACUCCGGUGGGCAUGUGGGAGGGGCUUCCAGCCAACACUCAGACCAGGAACUGUCCGGGCGGAAACAAGAACGCCGUCACUCACACGUCCGAGGCGAAGGUCUCCACUUUGGACGCUACAUGGACUCCCCCUAGCACACCGGCCAAUAUGACAGUCGUCUUCCGAGGGACUUUUGUCAAGGAAUUCGAAGAUUUCUGGGUCGGUCUGGAGUCAGAUCCUCUGUCUGUGAACGCCUAUGUGAGCGCCGGAGUGCCUCUUGGAUCCUUGACUACCGUCGUGCUGGGCACCGCCCUGCUGGCAACCUUCGCCUGCAUGAUCUGAGAAUCCUCCACACCUGUAUACGCCGCUUCUGACAGCAGUAUGUUCAGAUAGAUCGUUUUAAGUUAUGCUGAUUAGCGAGGUUUAAAGAGAUACAGUAUUGGAUGACAUAGCAUCUGACUUAAGUAUUGACUUGGUAUUUCACUGAAGCUGCGGCACGUUGGCUGUGUCCUAAGCUGGAUUUGUGUUACCCUUGACUUUGUAAUGGCAAUACAAAGUAAAAGGUAACGUUACAAGAAAUCCUACGAACACAAUAACACAGAGAAAGCGUAAAAAGAUGCAAUUUGUUUAGCACUCGGUCGUAGUUAUGUUGCCAGCGUAUCACAGGUUCAGGGAGAUACCUGCGGCCGACACCUGCAAAGCACCCUACUCAAUAGAUGUUUGGGGUUUUACUCUCUUUGCUCCACAUAGUCUGGGAUGACGUCGAUGUAUUUAAAGCCAUAUGCGUGUACUUAUGAGGUGAUGGUAAUCUUGUGUCAUUAGAGAGAUUGGAUCGGUAAAUUAAUCAUUGCUGCUCUGCAUCGUUAAGAUACAUGGAAUCAAAAACUUAUCAGAGGUAAAAUGACAUUUUAGAUUGAUGCCACUAUAGUACAAGAUCAUAUUCCACCAUCAACAUCAAUUUCCCGAAUCCAGGUGGUUCUUUAGGAAAACCAGAAAAACACAAUAAUGCAAAAACCAUACGUUACUACAGUUAGCACGUUUUAAUCUUACUUUAUUUAAAGUAUGAAGGAAUAUGUUAAGUUACAUUUUGCUAUGCGUUUAAGGUGACAUUUGCUCAUAGAGGAAAUUAUGUUAAUCAUUGUAUCAUGCACUAUCAAAGCGUAAGAGAUACAUGUAAAACAUUACGUAAAUACAAUGUAUGUAGUAACUAAUGCUACAUUUAAAAUGCUACUGUACUUUGGUAUCUUUGGUAUCACAAUCAGCAUCAUGAAUAGUUUGCAUGUGACGAAAAAUCACGAUUCAUUCAUUCAAUAAAUUUCAAUCUAUAAGGUGAA